UCGGAUCCACCGCCUUAUCAAAACAAACCAAAACGAGACUUGGGAAGCCGGAAAAUAUUUUUCCUGUGAUCCCCUAGAAUCGUAUUCGUCUCGCCAUGGAUGACACACUCUUCCAGCUAAAGUUCACCUCCAAGCAGCUCGAGAGACUGUCCAAGAAGGCAGAGAAGGAGUCUGGGAAGGAGCAGGCCAAGGUCAAGAAGGCUUUGCAGCAGAAAAACGUGGAAUGUGCCAGAGUGUAUGCGGAGAACGCCAUCCGGAAAAAAAAUGAAUCCGUUAAUUGGCUGCGCAUGUCGUCUCGAGUGGACGCGGUGGCCUCCAAAGUCCAGACCGCCGUUACCAUGAAGGCGGUGACCAAAAACAUGGCCCAGGUGACCAAAUCUCUGGACAAAGCUCUGGGCUCCAUGGAUCUCCAGAAGGUCUCUGCGGUCAUGGACAAGUUUGAAAGCCAAGUCCAGAACCUCGACGUCCACACCUCAGUGAUGGAGGAUUCCAUGAGCUCCGCGAUGACACUGACCACGCCCCAGGAACAGGUGGACGACUUGAUCCACCAGAUAGCAGAGGAGAGCGGCCUGGAGGUGAUGGACCAGCUCAGCCAGCUGCCCGCCGGAGCCACCUCGGUGGGAGCGGAGGGCUCGCGGAGCCAGGACAGGGAGGACCUACUGUCUCGACGGUUGGCCGCUUUGCGGAACUGAAGGCUCGUCCAGGAAGAGGUGACGGCGGCGCUCACGGCCGCAUGGAAGUAGAUGAGUUUAAAGACACCGACGGGAGCUGUGCGUCAACGUUUCUGUCUAACUGUUUCUAUCAGGAGGACUUAAUGAGCCUAUCGAUUACCACCCCCCCACUCUAUAAAUACACAACGGCUAGAAAUACCACCUGAGAAGGCAUCUAUUCCUGUUUCCAUCUCCCCCUGGAAUUCCCCAUUAGAUUUCAUUUGACCCUUCACUUGCCCUUUUUUCUCCCUCUUUCUCCACUUCCUCCUCCUCCUCCUCCUGUGGCUACGCUCACCACUUCUCAAAUCACACCAUGUACAAAAAAAACCAGACAACACAUUUUACAAACUGUAUAGUUUAUGAUGAUGAAAAAGAAGAAGCUUUGAAAAGCAGUUAUAGCGAUCAUGUCCACAUUAUUUUUUUUUUGGGCAUCUGAUGGUUUAAAUGGGUAAUUCUGUUGGUGAGAAGGUGGACGUGUACAUUUAACAGGAAUGAAAUAUCAGCUUUUGCACUUUGGUGUUUUAAAAGUAAAAAAUGGACAGCGGCAUGUUGGUAACACUAACAAACAAAGUCUCCCUCCUUUGCAACAACCGCUUCAUUAUGAUGAAUACGACAAUCUUCAAACCUUUGGUUAACGAAUGAUUUGUGUGUUCUUUCUUUUUAUUCAUCUUUGUUGUUCUCAUAACUGUAUUCAGACUUUUGGUUGUUGUUGUUGCUUUGAACGCCUUAUAUUGGAUGCAGGUGCUUGCGUAGGUGCCCCCCCUCCCCCCUCCGCCAGUGCCUGAAGGACAGUAGUUUAGAAAGAGAACAGGAGCUCUCCCAAACUCAACAGACAUCGGUCAGAAAAAAAGGAUUUUUCCGUUCCAAUGUUUUGGUCUUGGCCAACUUCACUUCGACACUGACUAGAAGCUUCUGUCUAAAAGAAUACAGUAAUCAUCCUCACCUGUAUCAGUCCCAAACACUUUUAAAUUAAGAGCAGGGAUGUACAUGCUGGAUAGAUAUAUUUAUUUUUUCUUUUGACAAGAAUCGAUUGCUCCUCCUACUUUGCCUUGUAAGCCACCAUCUUGUUUCUUUGAGAUCACAGCUCUGCAUUGAGAUGUUUCCAUUGAAGUGAUUUCCCUGCUUUGGAUGCUUCCCUCUUUGAGCGUUAAAUGUCAACGUCAGUGAUGGGGCAUGCGGUUUCAAGGCCAAGACCUCAGUCUACGACACAGGGAGGGUCUAUUUUAAAAGUUCAGCAGACUUUGCAGCACUUUUUCUUUUUUUUUUAUAUAUUUAUCUUGUGAAAAAUAAAAUCUCGUCCUCUGACGCAGUCUUUCAUUUGACUUCUGUGGUGCAGGUGUUGAGCAGGCAGCCGUGCAUUUACAGCAGUGUGUGUCAGGUCAGAUAUCAAACAACAGCAGCAACAAAGGCAUAAAGACAAAGGACAAAGCUCAUGAAGUCCAACUUCCUCUAGGAACUACUACAUGGACAUCUUAAAAUCCGAGUUGGGCUUAUAUGACAUCACAUGCUUUAAGUUGGGUUAACUUUAUUGCAAUAAAGGUUGUCCGGUUGGAUGGUCUGGUAGGACAGAGCUACACGCAUUCAGGCCCUGUCAGAAGGAACUGAUCACCUCUGGUCAAUAUUCCAAUUUUUCCAACACUUACUUAUUUAUGACCAAAUACCUGCAAAACUCCCGUCAGCCUCAGCUUUACUUCAGCAGCCCAUUUGUAACAACAAACACAUGACAAACAAAAACAGUUUUACAUUACUGUAGUGAAUUUUUUAUUUUGCAUCAGGAGG